AUGAGAUGUGAAACAGCAAAGAUUGACUGCGAAGGAUACGAAGUGAGGCUGCAGUGGGAAUCAGCAAGAACAUCAAAGACUUCGGGUAAUGCCACCGACAAAACUCAGAUCGCAGAUGACGCCGAUUAUAUAAAUGGAAGACAAACAUUUUCUGAAACACAGCAGUUACAGCCGCCACAGUCUUGGCUGCAAAAUUCCUUCAUUCUCCACGACUCACGUUACCAGAGACGCCGAGACUCUACUCGAUCAGGCGCUACCUCUGCGAGUGCGGUCAUCUCGAGGACUAGGAUUCGAAACAGUCCAAAACUCUUCUCGCCGACGCGACACAAGUCCUGUGCUGUAGCGAGCCCGAAUCCUUCCUUAUCGCCUCCCCUAACCUCUAUAUUGGACGCGGCUCCCUCUUCCUCUCCGCAGAAUCCAGGGCUGGAAGCGCUUGCAACCAAUGAGUGGCCUUGUUUUCCAGCAACCAUCCCAGAGGCUGGGUCGGAGCACUUUGACAAGCUUCGGGAUUCUGUGUCGAAUGUAGACGACAGGAGUAGGCCACAGACUCAGUCUGUCUCUGGUGCAUGUGGCCAGCUAAGCCCUGCUGCAAACACGCAGCGCGAUAGCCACAUCGACAUCUCCCAGCCUUCUUCGGGUCGUUUUUCGGCCGUCUACACACCAUCAGCUUUAUCAAGCACUCAAGAAGAAGCUUGUAGGUGGAGCGAAAGUCGGUCAGAGGCAGAGACCCGAUCAAUAUGGAGGUCCCUUCCAAAAUAUAUGGACAUCCUGCCUGAUAUGCCGCUGCAGCGAUAUAUUCUAGAAUACUGGACAACACACCUCUGCGACAUUGUGUUACCGGUGCCAGGAAUAUACAACCCCCUCAGAGAGGUUUUCAUGCCCAUCGCUCUGGAGGGAGCUCGAUCAGCACCAAACGGCUCCAACGCUGCCAUUGCCGUUUUCCACUUGAUAUGCAUGGCAUCUGCUUUCCAACUCUCUCAGGUCAAAGACUCUCAUAGUGAGAAAGACCGUUUUGAGAGUCUGGCACUCGCACAUCAUAACUUGGGCCUCUCACACCUCAGACGAAACCUCAUAACUGAUCAGCAAGACCAGUACAUACCUGUCUUGGCUGCGCUUACCUUGUGCAUCGUAAGCGACACCAUUACUGUCAGCAACUCCGAGUGGCGAGUUCACAUUCACGGCGCCGUCAACUGGCUUCGAGGUAUAGACGCGACAUUCUGGUCACGCUCAAGAAGCGCCUCAGUUGUGUAUCAAAUGUUUGCCGGCCUGGCAAUCUUGAGCCUCUCACCAGGUAUAAUCCACGGAGACAGCGACUCGGCCCGCUCUGUUCUUGAAUUCCAGUGCCCCCGGGAACUCUACUGCCUUGACCGUGUCUACGGCGUUCCGCACGGCGGCCUGGAAGCGAUCAAUGCCAUGGACAAGAUGCAGGGUAAUGUCUUGGCUGACGGGUCAAUAAGGCGGCCAGAUGACCCUACUAGCGAUCUGGACGCAGUGGAGAUGGAGAUGUAUCUGUCGGUACCUGACUUGUCCGUCUACGAAGAUGCCCAUGGCGCGGACCACAUGCUGAUAUAUCACCUAAACUAUGCUUUCUACUACGCAAACAUGAUCUACUUCAAACGUACCAUUCGAAAAGCACCGGUUAAAGACGUGCAGCCACUGGUCGAAAAGUCUCUACGACACUUGGAGGCCGCCAUCUCGUGUUCCUCGCGGAGCUUUUCGCCCUUGGUUUGGACGGCCUGCAUCGGUGCCUUUGAGAUGGCUGAUCAGGCUCUUCAGAGGCGCUUUAUUUCCUUGAUUGACAAAAUCUGGCGUACGUGA